AUGUUCAUGUUUCCUGUAGGAGGUCGGCUUGUCGCCGCGAUCACAGCCCCCCCUGCUGGGAAUAUAGUGGCAAGUGGCGCAAGUGGUGGCGGCGGCGGCUCCGAGAAGCGCGCAGGGAGCGCGGAAGACGCAGGGCGCGCGGGGAGCUCGGGGGGCGCGGGGAUCGCGGGAGGUGCGGAGGGCGCGGGGAGUGGGAGUGAGAAGCGGGCGGGCUCGGAGGGGAGGGAGGUGCGCGUGUAUGUGGACGGGAUCUUCGACCUGUUCCACUUCGGCCAUGCGCAGGCGCUGCAACAAGCCAAAGAGCUGUAG